CCGUAUAUUGAUUUGAAUACGGGCAGAAUGUGUAAUAUAAAUACAAAUCACUUGAUGAUCUUAGUCUGAACGUGGGAUUUAUUUAGAUGAGAGCAACGGCAUGAUAAUGUUGAUAAUAAAAUAGUUAGCUUUUGGAGAUUAUAUUUAUUAAAAAUUAAUAUUUCUUUAGUCAUGCUGUAGAAAUGUGUGUUCAAUUUUCCAACUCAAUGGACCUCAAAGAUACUAGAAGAUUAUUGAGGCGUGGUGUCAUAUUUUAAUAUGUCUUAAACAAAUCACAACAGAACUGUACAAGGUUGAGAGGUUGAUUUUUUUUAUGUUGCUCAUAGCAACUAAAUAUCAGUAAAGACGUGUCCAGCAAAAAAUUAAUUUGGAAGUUACAUAGUAAUAUAUGACAUUAUAGUUAUGAGUGUAAAGAAAAUGAGUACCAGAGGAAAAACUGGGGAUGAUGUUGAACUCGAGUACUUUGAGAGGUCGAAACACAUCCACCGUGACUCGCUAACAACUGUGUACAGUGUAGACCACCAGCCAUGCAUGAUUUUAAACAUCAAAGUACUAAGAGGCUACAAUAUCACGAAAGGCUCAUCACUAAAAAAUUUCAUUGAUGUGCCAGAUCCCUAUAUCAAAGUGACAAUCAAGAACUCUCCUCACGGUGUACAGAGGACCAAGGCGAUCGACAAUGAUAUCAACCCAGUCUGGAAUGAGACCUUCCGUUUCUUUCUCGACCCAGAUAAAGAAAAUGACAUGGAACUUACUCUAAUGGACGCUAACUACACAAUCGACGAGCAUUUAUCAACAGUUACAAUUUCUCUCAAAGACAUGCCGCGGGAUAAGCCAAGAUAUGAGCGAGUCAAAUUCAACGGCACAUCAGAAGUUGAUAUAGAAAUGUGGACGGAAGAAGACCACAAUUCCCAGUUGCGUUACAGUCUCACACUGUGUGAUGAGGAGAAAGACUUUGUGGACAAGAGACGGUCCUGUGUGUAUCAGGCAAUGAAGGUCCAACUGGGGGACGAUGCUCCUUUAAAUGAAAAUGAGGUGCCCAUCAUAGGGGUGCUAGGUUCUGGCGGUGGAUUCAGAGCCAUGACGGCAUUCUCCGGGGUGAUGAGCGCCCUGGUAGAAUCCCAGAUAUCUGACAUGGUCAUGUACAAUGUGGGACUGUCUGGGUCAGCCUGGUAUCUAUCAACUUUAUAUUCCCACCCGGAUUGGCCCAAAAAAUCACCCAAAGAACUGCGUCAAGAGCUGAGGGACAGUAUAGAGUCCACCUGGGUCUGGAAACUGCUGGAUCCAACCAGUCUACUCCGGUACUUGUCACGUGUGCGGCAAAAGCGACGUGAGGGGCAGCCGGUCAGUUUCACAGAUCUGUUUGGACAUCUUGUGGGGGAGACGCUUUUGAAGAAUAGACUGGAGUCAAAGCUGAGUGACCAGCAGGAGAAGCUCAAAGAGGGGGCCAUACCGAUGCCAAUGUACUCCUGCCUGCAUGUGAAGAAGCAGGUGUCAGCAAUGGUCUUCCAUGAGUGGAUGGAGUUCAGCCCAUAUGAGAUCGGGAUGCCCAAGUACGGGACCUUCAUGAAGCCUGAGCUGUUUGGAAGCAAGUUCUUCAUGGGGCACCUUGUAAAGAAACAUGAGGAGCCCCCACUUCAUUUCCUUCAAGGCGUCUGGGGUAGUGCAUUUUGUAUACAGAUCAAGAGACUGAUUCACGAUGACAAGAAAGUCGGAGAGCUAGAAGCACUUGAGCAAGAAAGAGCCGACCUUGAAAGGGAGCUGUCAGAAGAAAUGUCCUGCCAGAGUGACGAAUCAAGCGACGCCAGUGACAAUGAGAGCGAAAGCGAAGGGACCAGUAAAAAACCCAAACCAGUAAACAACAAUGGCCACCCGGACUCCGCAACCUCCAAUGGAAGUCAGACAAAAAGCAAGGGUUGGUUCAGCUCGAUGUUUAGCUCUAUGCUUGAAAACAGCCCGCUACUGAAGUCCAUAGACGGCCGUGCGGCCAGUGUUCAUAACUUCAUGAGAGGCUUGUCGCUGUACAAGGCAUAUCCGUUCUCCCCAUUCACCUCUCUUGAUGGGAAAAAAAACGAGGACAAAUUAGCUGCCUCCAGCUAUUUCAGCUCAAAACUGAAGGCUUUGUCACCAAAGAAGAAAACUGUCCCUCUGGAUGAAGAUAUGGUGGAUGCAGCGUUCUCAAUGGAUCCUGGCACCUCUCACAAAAGAGAAGCCUCGCAUAGAUGGAAGUGCAAAAAAAACUCCAAAACGUGUUCUAGUGAAUCAGGUGGUUCCCACUCAGGUGAUGACAAGUUUGACGGGAUCUUUGAGAUGUACCCAACGUCGAUCAAGAGGCUCUAUGUUGUCGACGGGGGCCUCUCGUUUAACUCCCCCUAUCCGCUGUUGCUUCGACCACAACGCGGUGUCGAUAUCAUCCUGUCAUUUGACUUCAGUGCCAGAAAAUCAGACACCACGUUUCCCUUUAAGGAGCUGAUGCUAGCCUCCGAGUGGGCGGCACUGAACAACGUCCCGUUCCCCAAGAUCGACCCCGGGGUGGUAGAUCUGGAGGGUCUCAAGGAGUGUUACGUGUUUGAGAACAAGGACGACCCACGCUGUCCCAUCGUCAUGCAUUUUGUGCUUUGUAACAUCACAUUUCGCCAAUUCAUGAUCAACAAAGCAGGUACUGAGCCAGUGAAAAGACGAACGAAGGAAGACAAGGAUUACGCAGAUUUUGACAUUUUUGACGAUCCAAACAGACCCUACUCAACAUUCAAAUUCCAAUACGACAAGAAGGAAUUUGACAGACUAGCUGAUCUUACGGAGUUUAACACGCUUUAUUUCAAAGAUCUCAUUAUAGAGAAGGUGAAACAGUGUGUGAAACGCGUUCAUCAGUACCACUCGUUCAAGCGACGACCCAUCAUGUUGAAGGACAUUGGUAAGCUGCGACUGCAGAAAAACAAAGCCAGACAAUUAGAACAGUUUGUGAAAUCAUUUGACGAAGAUGAUGGUGACUUCCCUUUAACGUGAAGCAAUAUUGGUACAAAAUAAUGUCGCAACUUAUUCACUUGCCAAAUAUUUGAUCUUGAGAUUUCACGUAUUUUGAUAAAUAAUUUUAUGUUUUGAAAUUCAAAAUAACAUUAGGAUUUUAAUUUUUUUUUGUAUUAUGUGACAAAGUUAAAUUGUGUAAAGUAAUUUUGUAUGGACAUUUGUAGUAUCCAAUAGCAGAUCAGCAGAUCAAAUAUGAUAAGAUAGCAAUUAUUAUUAUACAAAAAGCAUAGGUAUUGCAGUAAAGUUGCACUGUAAUCAUUAACAGACAAUUCCCCAUAUGUCUUUCUUAUUUUACUAACUUAUUUACAUUUUUAUAUAUGUUUUGUUGUAAUAUGUUUGUAUUGUACUUAGAGUAGAAAACACUUGGAUCACUUUCUUAUCAUAUACAUGUGUUUUAAGUUCAAAUGGGUUGGAAAAAUCCAUAUAUAAAUUUUUCAAAUAUUUCCUGACCUUUCUUUACCAUACUAAGUUUUUUACGAGUAUUAAUGCGAGUAUAUAAGAUUGUUAAACAAAACACAAAUUCAAACAAUUUCUUAUUUUUUCUUUUGUUCAGUAUUCUUUCAUUGUUGGGAAACCCCAUUAACGAGGAGAAAUUUGUUCACACAAAACUUAAAAACAUAAUGGUUCUGAAACAAAUACGACUAAAUGUGUCAAUAUCGGUGUAGAUCAUAUCUUGAUGAGUUUAUUUAAAUUAAAAUAUUUUAUAUUUAUUACCAAUAAAAUAUAGUCAAUUAAUAUGAUUUGUUCAUUACUUUAAUGUUCAUAUUCAUUUGUUGGUCAUAUUGUUAUAUGAUGUACAUGUUAAACUAAAGUUAUUUUAUUAACAUUGCUUUUACAUGUAUGCUUGUUUGUUUUUUUCAUAAACAUUUUUCAUAUUUAUACAUAAAUUCUAAUUAAAAACUUAAAGUGCAA